GAGGCAGCCUGGGCGCCAGCGAGCGGGCUGCGAGCGCGGCGAGCCGCGAGAGGAGCGUGAGCACCAGCAUGGCGGGGCUCCGACGCCCGCAGCCAGGCUGCUACUGCCGCACCGCCGCGGCCGUGAACCUCCUGCUGGGCGUCUUCCAGGUCCUGCUGCCCUGCUUUCGCCCGGGAGGGGCUCAGGGACAAGCGAUUGAGCCCUUGCCGAACGUGGUGGAGCUGUGGCAGGCAGAAGAAGGGGAACUCCUGCUGCCCACUCAGGGUGAUUCUGAAGAGGAUGUGGAGGAGCAUUCUCCAGAACAGAGCUCCUCAGACAAACUAUUCAGUGGAAAGGGCUUACAUUUCCAGCCAUCAGUUCUAGAUUUUGGAAUUCAAUUCCUGGGACACCCUUCAGCACAGAUUCUCUAUGCUUAUAACCCUAGCAAGGAGAGUGAGGUCGUGGUGAAUUCAGUGUUUACAGCUGCCAGACAUUUCCAUGUGCCUCCUGUUUAUUGCAGGGUAAUUCCAGCAAUGGGGAAAACCUCCUUCAGAAUUAUUUUCUUACCUACUGAAGAAGGAAGCAUUGAAAGUUCUUUAUUUAUUAAUACCUCCUCAUACGGAGUUCUUUCCUAUCAUGUAUCUGGAAUUGGUACUCGCAGGGUCUCUACAGAAGGGUCUGCAAAGCCGCUACCAAAUGCUUAUUUUCUGCUUCCACAGGUCCAGAGCAUUCAGCUUUCACAAACACAGGCAGAAACCACUAAUACUAGCCUUUUACAGGUGCAACUGGAAUGCAGUUUACAUAAUAAAGUGUGUCAGCAAUUAAAGAGUUGUUACCUGGAAUCAGAUGAUGUUUUACGGCUUAAGAUGAGCAUAAUUGUAACAAUGGAAAACUCUUCGAAAGAAUUUGAGGAAAACACACAAGAUUUGUUAGAUCAUCUCUCUAUUAUUUAUGUAGCUACAGAUAAAUCUGAGACCUCAGAUGAUUCGGCAGUAAAUAUGUAUAUAUUACAUUCAGGAAACAGCCUUAUAUGGAUACAGGAUGUACGUCAUUUCUCACAGAGAGACGCUCUAUCUCUGCAGUUUGAACCAGUACUGCUACCCACUUCUACAACAAACUUUACAAAAAUUGCCUCCUUUAUUUGCAAAGCUGCAUCAUGUGAUGGGGGGAUUAAAGAAGACGUGAAGAAAAUAAGAAACACUCCAACACUAAAAGCAUGUCUAUCGUCUCCUGUGGUUCAAGGGUAUUUUAGAAUGGACUCCUCUGCAACCCAGUUUCACAUAGAGACUCAUGAGAACACAUCCGGAGUUUGGUCAGUGUGGUACCUCAAUCAUUUUGACCGUAGUGUUGUGUUCAGUGAUGUGUUUGUUUCCAAGGAGACCAAGCAUAUUUUUAAGAUUCUGAAUUUCACUGGCCCUUUAUUUCUACCUCCAGGCUGUUGGAAAAUAUUUUCUUUGAAACUUGCUGUUAAAGACAUUGCCAUAAAUCUAUUCACCAAUGUAUUUUUGACUACAAACAUAGGUGCCAUUUUUGCAAUACCUCUACAGAUUUACUCUGCACCAGCCAAGGAAGGGAGUCUGGGUUUUGAAGUGAUAGCACAUUGUGGCAUGCAUUAUUUCAUGGGAAAAUCAAAAGCAGAAAAUCCUUCCUGGGAAGGGAGUCUUUCUCUGGAUCGGUCUACCUGGGAUGUGGAUUACGAGCUUGCAAAUAAAUUGUACGAAAAAUGGAAGAAAUUUAAAAACGGUGACGUCUGCAAGAGGAAUGUCCUAGGAAUGACUCGGUUUGCCCACUUGAAGAAAUUCAAGGAGUCAGACUCCUUUGUUUUCUUUCUGCCUCGUUUGAUCGCAGAGCCUGGCCUUGUGUUGAACUUCAACGCGACUGCCCUCAGGAACAGCAUGGUGAAGUACUUUGUGGUGAAGAACCCUUCCUCUUUGCCAGUCUCCUUGCAGCUCCUGCCUCUCUCCUUGUAUCCUAAACCGGAAGCUGUAGUGCGCCUGCUCCACAAAUGGUUUAGCACUGAUAUGCAGAUGAUUAAUUUCACAACUGGUGAAUUCCAGCUCACCAAAGCUUGUCCUUACCAGGGUCUGCAUUCAGAGGAAUCCAGGUUUGGCAUCCUCCAUUUACAUCUGCAGCCUUUGGAAAUGAAAAGGGUCGGUGUAGUUUUCAGGCCAGCUGACUAUGGAAAAGUUACCUCACUCAUACUAAUCCGGAAUAACUUGACUGUUAUCGACAUGAUUGGCGUGGAGGGAUUUGGAGCAAGAGAGAUACUGAAAGUGGGUGGAAGACUCCCUGGCACAGGAGGCUCACUGCGGUUCAAGGUGCCCGAGUCCACCCUGAUGGACUGCCGUCGACAACUGAAAGACAGCAAGCAAAUUUUAUCUAUUACAAAGAACUUUAAAGUUGAGAAUAUUGGACCACUUCCCAUAACUGUGACAUCUCUGAAAAUUAACGGGUAUAAUUGCCAAGGUUAUGGAUUUGAAGUGCUAGACUGUCAUCAGUUUUCCCUGGCCCCAAACACAUCCCGGGAUAUCAGCAUUGUGUUCACUCCAGACUUCACCUCUUCCUGGGUCAUUCGUGAGCUGACCCUUGUGACUGCGGCCGACCUUGAGUUUCGCUUCACUCUCAACGUGACCCUCCCUCAUCACUUGUUGCCUCUGUGUGCAGAUGUGGUCCCAGGUCCCACCUGGGAGGAAUCGUUCUGGAGGCUCACAGUCUUCUGUGUCAGUUUGUCCCUGUUGGGUGUGAUUUUAAUAGCCUUCCAACAAGCCCAGUACAUUCUUAUGGAAUUCAUGAAAACAAAGCAGAGGCAAAAUGCCAGCUCCUCUUCACAGCAAAACAAUAGUCCAGUGGAUGUAAGCAGCUCCCAUUCUCACAAAAGCAACUGUAAGAACUUCCUUGAUACCUAUGGCCCCUCUGAUAAAGGCAGAGGAAAAAACUGCCUUCCAGUAAGCACUCCACAAAGCAGGGUCCAGAAUGCUGCAAAGAGGAGUCCAGCCACCUAUGGGCAUUCGCAGAAGAAGCACAAGUGCUCAGUCUACUACAGUAAACACAAAACCAGCCCAUCUGUCACCAGUAGUGCCAACACUACCACUGAGGACAAACAGACAUCGGUCCCGGGCAGUUCCCUGUCUGCUCCUAAAGAGGACGUGUGCACUGAUGUUGUGGGUGAGAACUGGAUAAACCUCAAAUAUGCAGGUGGCAUAAAUGUCAACCUGCACAAGAAUUUAACCCUUCCCCAAAACUUACUGAAUAAGGGAGAGAACAUACUGAAAAACACAAACAUUGUCAAUAAUACUUCUUCAGAAUGCCACAUGAAGGAGGGAAUACAGACAUGUAUGUUUCCUAAGGAAACGGACAUUAAAAUUUCAGAAAACAUAGCUGAGCUCAAGGAGCGAGAGCUCUGUCCUCUGAAGACCUCUAAGAAACUACCUGAAAAUCAUUUACCAAGAAAUUCACCUCAGUACCAGUCAGACUUGCCAGAAAUUUCCAGGAAAAAUAAUGGGAAUAACCAGCAAGUGCCUGUCAAGAGUGAAGUUGACAAUUGUGAAACUUUGAAAAAGGUUGACACAAAGUCUUCAGAAAAGAAGAUUCACAAAGCAUCUAAAGAAGACAUAAGUUCUGAGAAACAGGACAUACCUUCAGUUGAGCAAGAAGAUCCUUAUAGGAAGAAGAAGCUUCAGGAGAAAAAAGAAGGAAAUUUACAAAAUCUAAAUUGGAACAAAAAUCGAACAUGCAGAAAAAACAAGAAAAGGGGUGCUGCCCAGGUCUUGAGGCCUUCUGAACAGAGUGAAUUAAAACUCGUGUGCAGUGAAUUUGAAAGGCCCAAGCUGAGCAGUGACAUCGAUGUAGGAAACUGGUGUAUACAGGAAAACCCUGGGGAAAUGUGUGAAACAGAUGCUGGCAUUGGAAGUAGCUUACCUGCUGCCCAGGGAGAGGCAGAGGGUCAUCACCAGAAGCCUGGAAAGAAGUGUGUGGAGAAGUCUUGCUCAGAUUCCAGCUCAGACUGCGGCAGCUCCUCAGGCAGCGCGCGUGCUGGCCGGGGCGGCGUGCGUGCCAGCCGGGGCAGCUGGGGCAGCUGGAGCAGCACCAGCAGCUCGGACUGGGACAGGAAGCCCGGGACGGGCCCUCAGCACUUCCUGCCGGCUGGAGACGGUGUUUCCCCAAGUGACUUCCCUUCGGAAGCUCCCAUCUCCUUGAGUCUUUCUCAUAACAUCUGCAAUGCCAUAGAUGUGACUAACCUCCCUCAGUAUGCAGAACCAACCUGUCCUAACCUCCCUGCCAGGCCUGCAGGAGCUGAUGAAGAUAAAGGUCUUUACCCACCAGGAGACCUGUGGCCCACGCAGCCUGUGUGUGUGACAAGUGGCUUCAACUGUGCGCUGGAGAGCAAUGUGCCCGGCCUGCUGCAGGGCCCAGCCCCGGUUCCUAACAGCAGUUUCAUUGAUUGGAGUGCAACUUGUGAAGGCCAGUUCCCCGGUGUGUACUGUCCACUGGAACUGAACGAUUACAGUGCCUUUCCAGAAGAAAACAUGAAUUACCCCAAUGGCUUUCCCUGCCCUGCCGAACUGCAGACGGACUUUAUUGAUCACAACUCGCCACCUACCUGGAGCGCUGCCCACAACAUGCCGACUGCCUGGGGACACGCGGGUCUCAUCAGCUCUCCGCCCUACCUCACAAGCACCCGAAGCUUGUCUCCAAUGUCUGGACUUUUUGGUUCCAUCUGGGCUCCGCAAAACGAUGUAUAUGAAAAUUGCUGCCCCAUCAACCCCACCACGGAACAUUCGACUCACAUGGAAAACCAGGCUGUCCUGUGCAAGGAGUACUACCCAGGGUUUAACCCGUUUCGUGCCUAUAUGAACCUGGACAUAUGGACUACCACUGCAAACAGGAAUGCAAAUUUCCCACUGUCUAGAGAUGCCAGUUACUGUGGGAAUGUGUGAGAAUUUGAUUUUUAAACAAUGUGAAUAAAAAGGCUUGUGUUCUGAUUGCUAGCGUAAACUGGUUGUUGAGCUAGAUUAUGAUGUUGGUGGAUAUUUUGGCACUUUUAUAUGGAAAUAAAAUUUUUUAUGUUAUCUGGGUGCUCUGUUUUUUUAACCCAUCACAAAUUUUAGUGGUAGAAACUAAGCAUCCAUGUGUCAUAAUUUCAUAAUUCAAGAAGUGUUUCAGACAUGCCAGUGUUUUCAGUCAGAACAAGGGAGGCUUCUGGGAAGACAAGAGCUGAGGGAGAAAAGGCGCUGCUGUGUUCUCCCGCCUUGGGCAUCAGACUCCCUGGGAACUUGCGGAAAAGAAGUUGGCCAGGUCACAUCCCCAGAGAUUCUGAUUUAUUGGACAUGUGGCUCAGGCCAUCAGGAUUUAGCUUCAAGUUCUCCAGUGACUGAAAGUGCAGCCAGUGUUGAGAACUGCUGGCU